UAUAUCACUUCUGUAACCUCUCAUCAGACUAAGCUUUUUCCAUACUUCCCUCCAUAACAAUCAUUGUCAUAAUUCAUUUUUCAAUAGACAAAUUAAAAAGCAUACCGUAUAGCAAUAUAUCAUGUCUAUCAUCCAAAGGAUCAUUCUAAUUAUUCUUUUGGUUAUAUCAAUUUCAACUUGUAGAAGUAGCCCCCAUGAAUGUGAUGCUGAUGAUGAUUUAUCCACACAAGCUCACAACAAUCUAGAACAAGAAUUUGGUCAUGACUUUCAAGCUUAUCCUUCUUAUUUGGACUCCAUUACUGAAGGCUACAACAUUAAUCAAGAUCAAAUUCAUGGUUUCAAUGAUAAUGUUGAAGAGGUUGCUAAUGGGGUUGCAUUAAUUGAUGUAAGUAGCUUAGGAGCUAAGGGUGAUGGAGAUACAGACGAUACUAUGGCAUUUGAGAAAGCUUGGGAAGAAGCAUGUUCAUCUAACAUACCUGUCAACUUUGUGGUUCAGCAGCACAAGAAUUAUCUUCUGAAACAAAUCACUUUUUCAGGUCCAUGCAAAUCUUCCAUUUCAAUGCAGGUUUUUGGAUCCUUAGAAGCAUCUGAUAAUACUUCAGACUAUGAUAAAGAUCGAAGGCAUUGGAUUCUUUUCAAUAAUGUUCAAAACUUAACUGUUGGAGGAGGAGGAAUUAUCAAUGGCAAUGGAAAAAUAUGGUGGCAAAAUUCGUGCAAAAUCAAUAAAUCACUGCCAUGCAAGGAAGCACCAACGGCCUUAACCUUCUACAACUGCAAGAAGUUGAAAGUGAAGAACCUUAAGAUAAUAAAUGCACAACAAUUUCAUGUCUCUUUUGAGAAAUGCACUAAGGUUGAAGCUUCAAAUUUGAUGGUCACUGCUCCAGAAAAUAGCCCUAACACUGAUGGAAUCCAUGUGACAAAUACUCAAAAUAUCCAAAUAUCCGACUCUACUAUUGGAACAGGGGAUGAUUGUAUUUCCAUAGUGAGUGGAUCUCAAACGGUGCAUGCAACGGAUAUUACUUGUGGACCAGGCCAUGGUAUAAGUAUUGGAAGCUUAGGAUAUGGAAAUUCAGAAGCUCACGUGUCUGAUAUUAUUGUGAGUGGAGCCAAGCUUUCUGGUACUGCAAAUGGACUUAGGAUCAAGACUUGGCAGGGAGGAUCUGGAAAUGCGAGCAACAUCGUAUUUCAAAAUGUGGAAAUGCGAGGAGUGAAGAACCCCAUAAUCAUAGACCAAAACUAUUGUGAUCAAAAUGAUCCAUGUAAAGAACAGAAUUCUGCCGUUCAAGUGAAAAAUGUGGUGUAUCAGAACAUCAAGGGCACAAGUGCAACAAAGGUGGCCAUAAAUUUUAGUUGCAGCAAGAGCUUCCCAUGUGAAGGAAUUGUAAUGCAGAAUAUAAAUUUGGUAGGGGAAAGUGGAACUUCAAAGGCUAUUUGCAAAAAUGUCCAAUUCAGCAAAGUUGAAAAUGUCUCACCACAUUGAACUGAAGGAAAAAGUUUACAAGAGUUGAUCUCUUCGUACUAUAAUUAUUAUUUAUACUGAAUUUUAAAUAGGGUAUUGGUGUUGGUAAUAAUGUUCUUUUAGGGGAUUUGUUCGUGGGUGUACUUAAUAUAUUCGACAAAAUAAAGAAAGAAUGAGUCGAGGGUCUUCCGAAAACAACCUCUUUAUCUUCCCAAGGUAGAGGUAAGGUCUGCAUACAUACUGCCUUUCUCAUACCCCACUUGUAAAAUUACACUAGAUAUGUUGUUGUUAUUGUUGUUGGAGUCUUAAUAAGAUUAGUGUUUCUAUACCCAAAAGAUUCACAUUAUUCUUUAUACAUACAAAGUAAUCUAUGGUUGUACAUAU